CUUAUGGCUGCUCCAGGAAAGGUAUCAGCUUUCCGUCUGCCUCCCCUGCCAACUGUUGGAGAGAUUAUUAAACUCUUUCGCCUUAAAGCUCAGAAACAACUUUCCCAGAAUUUUCUACUGGAUUUGCGAUUGACAGACAAGAUAGUGAGACACGCUGGCAAUCUGAAAAAUGCCUAUGUUUGUGAAGUGGGCCCUGGGCCAGGAGGGAUUACCAGAUCCAUUCUCAGUGCUGAUGUUGAACAACUCCUUCUAAUUGAAAAAGAUGCUCGAUUUAUUCCAGGAUUACAGUUGUUAUCUGAAGCAGCUCCAGGAAAAGUGCGCAUUGUUCAUGGAGAUAUCCUGACAUACCAGAUGCAGAAGGCUUUUCCAAAGCACUUAAAAAAGAACUGGGAGGAUGAGCCACCAGAUAUACAUAUCAUUGGGAAUCUCCCCUUCAGUGUUUCAACUCCUCUGAUCAUCAAAUGGCUUGAAAAUGUUUCCAAAAAGGAUGGACCUUUUAUUUAUGGCAGGACACAGAUGACAUUGACUUUUCAGAAGGAAGUUGCAGAGAGGCUUACAGCUAAUCAAGGAGGUAAGCAACGUAGCAGACUCUCCAUCAUGUCUCAGCAUCUCUGCACUGUUGAAAACUGUUUCAUGAUUCCAGGUGAAUCUUUUGUUCCAAAGCCAGAGGUGGAUGUGGCUGUGGUGCAUUUCACUCCACUGGUGCAACCAAAGAUAGAGCAGCCAUUUGAACUCGUAGAAAAAGUGGUUCAAAGUGUUUUUCAGUUUAGAAGAAAAUACUGCUUCCGUGGAAUUGAGACCUUGUUUCCUGAAAGUGGACGUUUGAAAAGAACAGAACAGCUGAUGAUGACAGCAAAUGUUGAUCCAACUCUGCGUCCUACUCAGCUCUCCAUGUCGCAAUUUAGAAAUCUGUGCAAUACAUACAGGAAAAUGUGCGACGAAGACCCAAGCCUUUUUGUGUACAAUUAUAGAGAAGAACUAAAGCGAAAGAAAAUGAGAAAAUUACUUACAAGUACUGAAGAGACUGAAGAGGAAAAAGAGCUGUAA